AUGUCUGUGCAGACUAUUGACACGCCAUCCGGAGCUGUCAAAACUGUUCAAGAAGUUUAUGACACUACGUGACGAUGGUAAAUACGAUUGGGACCUGGAUGGUUUGCAACGACACGCCAACCUCGUGAUGCAGGGCUUGGAGGCGGCCAUCGAUAACCUCGAUGACAGUCGCGUACUAUCGUUAAUACUCAACGACUUAGGCCGUAAGCACGCCAGGUAUCAGGUCCAGGAGGAGAUGUUUGAUAAACUGUGGGAAUCAUUACGAUUUGGUCUGAAACAAGCGUUGGGAGACCACAUGACUCGGGACACGUCCGACGCCUGGUUUGCUGUGUUUAAAUUCAUUUCCCGACAAAUCAUAACCGGUAUGAGACAACAACGAUCGGUGACAAAUAGCUCAUGAGUGACCCCACACACAUACACAGCCCCGCCAUUAUUUGCUACAUGGAUUAGAUUGUAUAAUCUGUUACAUUGUACCUAUCAAUAUGGAUUUACAGUAUAUAUAAAUAAAUAAUAUAUUCUACGUGUAUAUAAAUGCUGUACAUAACAGUAUAUAAAAAACAUAAUGAAUACUUUAUAUGAUAUAUCACAU